GGCCUUCGAGCUGCUGAAAGGAGCCAGGAUAUUUACUAAGCUGGACCUGAGGAAUGCGUACCACCUGGUGCGCAUUAGUGAGGGAGACGAAUGGAAAACUGCCUUAAACGCCCAUGGGGCAUAAUGAGUACCUGGUGAUGCCUUUUGGACUGACGAAUGCACCACAGGUGUUCCAGAACUUCGUCAAUGACGUCCUGCGCGAGAUACUCAAUAGGCAUGUUUUCGUAUAUCUUGGCAACAUACUGAUUUUCUUCCCCGGACAAAGAUUCCCAUAUGAGGCACAUCCGGUCCAUGCUGCAGCAGCUAUUGCGGCACAAUCUGUACAUGAAGGCAGAGAAGUGCGAAUUCCACCGACCCUCCAUCUUGUUCCUGGGUUUUAUCGUGGCGGAGGGGGAAAGCCGCAUGGAUCUCGGCAAGGUUGAGGCCGUCUUUCAGUGGCCCACUCCCACGAAUCGCAAGGAGGCUAUGACAUCUCUAUCGAAUACUUCAUCUGGCACCUUCUUUGAGGGCCCCCGGGUCCUUGACUCUUGGUCCAAUGUGCCUCCACAGUACCAAGGUUACCGCUUAGGCUCCUUAUUUCACCAACAUCAUGAGAUCUGGCACUUUAUGUCGUUUCUCCAGAAUAAAGAUGCCUGCAUCCUCCUGGAAUGCUGGCAGGACCUGGAGGACUACAGGAGGACUCCUGAGAGGAACAAGGCAGUGAGAAGGGACCGAUUUUCUCACAUUCCAAAGAAAUAUCUCAACAGAACCAACUUCUUCAGCUCCCACAGUCCUGCCACAAAAAUAUUGCACCUGGCAGGUGGACUGGAGUUUCUGAAACUUGAGUCUCUCUCAAAGCGAGUUGCUGUGGAGAUCCAGAACAUCAUCAGAUGUCACAUUGAGAAAACAUGGCUGCCUCAGUUUCUGAUCACAGCAGAGUUCACAGAAGGACAGAAAUACAAAGUAAUGAUAAAGAACAAAACACCAGUCCUAAAACGACUAAUUUACUCAUCCUUGAUGAUGCCAAAACAGUAAAUUCCAUAAUACGUAGCACUUUUUUUUUUUCUAAACUGGUGGUCUGAUGCAGACCUAGUGAUGUCAUUUGAAAUACAUCAGAGGUGUGCUAGCUGACACAUUGAAGCUGACAUCUCAAAUCCAAACUAUGCACUAAUUUGAAACAGAAUGUGGUAUGGGUUAGCAUGUGUGGUCAUUCUGGCAAGAGGUUUUGUAAAAUGAGAGAUUCUCAUAGACAACGUCUACAAUUGAAUAGAAUGAAUAAAAACCUAAAACCCUACUGGUACAAGGUUGUGUAAUGUUUUAACAGACGUUGUCUCAAAGCAAUAUUACUGACAGACUGCAACAACAAUCACACCUGUGCAAUAAAAUAUAGAACAAGAAAGAAAUGUAAAAUAUUCCCAGUCAAUCAAUCCCAAUCAACUACUCUUCAUGUACGUAUUUAAGGAAUAAUGGGGUCUCAAUUACACUUUCAAUGUUUACAUCAGAUUGACGUGUAAAUGCAUUGCGAUAAUAUGGGAAAUUUGUUAAAACUCGAAUCUGAG